UCGGAGACGAGCAGCGACUUGAUUCGCGUUCCGACGCCCCCGUAAAUAUCGAAGCAAGCGUCGGAUACGUGCCUCGACCGGAGUGGGGAUCUCACAACCUGUUCUCGUUCGUCGAUUCCGCUGGUCAGUGGAUGAGCGGAGUGACUCGUCCUCCCCCUCGACGCACCGCUGCCGCCGGCAACGCCGCGCGAUCAAAUUGCGCUAGUUUUUCUCGUGUGUCGCCUACUACUCUACCCACACAUUCGCGCGAGUCAAAUACGUUGGUGUGAUUUUAAAAAACGGUCGUGUCGGCUCGGCGUCUUCGUUAGGCUGCCUCGCGCGCCACACGAUCACCAUAGCUCCGCUAGAAGACACAGAGCAAGUGCACGGCUGCGCUUUUUAACUAUAAAUGCCCUCUGCCUACAAGCGACCUGAAAAUCGUAAACAGGAGCUACAGCCAGCAUGACGGGGGAAUCAGCUCGCAUUUUCACCGAUUCCCAGGAACAGAGGUUCUUGCAGGAUUUGCCUCCGUUGCAGGAUUUCGUAGAAAUUGACGACAAUUGUGACUUAUUUCAAGGCUUGUCCCAAGAAUUACCACAAGAUUUUCAUUUAAAUGGUAAUCUUAGUUUUGGUCAACCAGAGAACAAUCCACUUGCGAUGGAUGAGAAAGUAUCAUUGCAACAACAACUAGGAUUACAGGAUCAGACACACACAUCGCAGCAAUACCAUCAUCAACAACAACAACAACAACAACAACAACAACAUCAGCCGCAGCAGUUGAUGCAUCCGCAUUUUUUUCUACCACAAACGUUGCCACCCUUGACCACGCCAAUACUUGGAAAGGAAGAGUUUGCUGGUAAAUACAAUUUCCAGCUAAUAUUCAAUCCAAAAAACUCAGGAAAACAUUGGGUUUACUCUGAAAAAUUAGCCAAAGUCUUCAUACACAUGGAACAAGUCCUUCCAUUAUCUUUUCAAUGGAAUCCACCAGUAGAUGGACUUUGGGUCAGAGCCACAAUGGUUUACAAAUUAGAUCAACACCGAUCUCAACCAGUUGUUCGGUGCCAUAACCACAUGGCCCCGGACAACAAUAGCAAUAGGAACAUUAAUCCUAUGCAAGUUAAGCAUGUGAUAAGAUGUCUUCAUAAUACGUCAAGUUAUGAAGAAGCCAAUAAUGGACACUUAUCAGUUCUUACACCACUUGGUGUACCUGAAACGGCCCUGAAUAAUGUACCAAUGGACUUCCUAUUUACUUGUAAAAAUAGUUGUUCAUCUGGCAUGAAUAGGAGAGCUACCGAGCUCAUAUUCACAUUAGAAGAUGAAAGCAAUCAUAUUCUUGGUAGAAGAAAAUUGGAAGUCAGAGUCUGCAGCUGCCCCAAACGCGAUAAAGAGAAAGAGGAGAAAGAAGAAGGUGGAGAAAGUGGAUCCGUCGCUUUGGCCAUUGGACAAGGAAAAAAGAGAAAAAUUCCUAAUCCUGGUUUAGGUAUAUCUGCGCCUCCAGGUAAAAAAAUUGCCAUGGAUCAUAAAGUGUAUAACAUAAGUUUUAGCGUUAUAGGUAAAGAUACUUAUAAUGCGUGCUUAAGAUCUAUAUACAAUACAAUGGCAGGUCAGGGCGUACAGCAAAACAAUUUAGAAAUGCAAAAGCCUUUUAUGGAAGAAAUUUUAAAAAAAAUAAACGAAAUGUAAUGUAAUUGUAUGUAGAGGGUGAAAAAUCGCUAUCAUCUUCCUCAUUAUUUAUUUUUAAAUUUUUUAUUAAAAGUCUGCAUGUUUUAUAAUGAGAAAUAAUGAAUAUAAUGAGAAAAUAUUUUGAUAGUGCAAUCAUAUUUGAAAAAAAAUUCAGUAAUGUAAGAAUAAUCGCGAUUUUCCCUCCUAAAUAUGUAAGAAAUUGUUAUCGCUAUAGUUUAUAAUGUUUAUUAUGAAUAAAUGUAAGAUUUUUUGUACUCCAUUUAUCAAUGGAUCUCUUGUGCCAAGUGCCUUUUUAUUAAUAUUUAAUAAACAUGGACGCAUGUUGGAAUUUUUUAAAUAAAAAUGAAAAAAUUUUAUCAAUGAU